AUUCUGUCAUUCAAACUUUCUAUUUUUCUUUUCUUUUCAGAAAAAGAAAAGAAGAGUUUCCUUGAUAACUGAAGCCGGAAAAAUGGAAAUUGUUGGUUCAUUGUAAUCGGCAGGUAAAGAAUCGAUAGAAACCCAGAGUAAAUCCAUUCCUAUUAGGUCAGCAAAACCCACUUCGAGAAUAUUUCAACUUCAUCUUGGAUUCUGUACUUCACUUUUUCCUAUCAUCAAAAUCUCAUGCCCGUCAGUGUUUUGUGCUUCAUUUGACUGUAUGCAGUGAACCUUUGCAAGCUCUUGAAAAGAAAUGAUGACUCGUGCUAUAGCUGUAUUUAGGACUUUUAGCGCUAAAACUGGCAGUAAAAUCCCAAAAACUGCUCAAUCAGGUUACAAGAAGAAGACUGGCAAUAAACCUAGAAUUAAAUGGACUGAGGAACAUAAAGGCAUAUUAGAUUAUGUUAUUCGCGGUAAAUCUGUGUUCAUCACUGGCUCUGCUGGCACUGGAAAGACAGUUUUGCUUGGACAUAUCAUUAGUAUUCUGAAAAGGGCUCAUGGUUCUUCUGGUGUUGUUGUCACUGCGUCCACUGGAAGUGCUGCAUGUGCUAUUAAAGGGCAAACACUUCACUCUUUUGCUGGCUUUGGAAUCGGCGACGGUGAUCCUAAAGCUCUGCUCGAGAGGGUUGUAAGGAACAGCCGUGCUUGUAAAAGAUGGAAUCAGGUAAAGGUAUUAGUUGUGGAUGAAAUUAGUAUGAUUGGUGGGAAUACGUUUGAUACUCUUGAAUUCAUUGCUAGACAAAUACGGGGAUCAAACAAUGUAUGGGGUGGAAUACAGCUUAUUGUCAGUGGGGACUUCUUUCAGUUACCACUAGUUCUUAAGAAAAGCAACCCAUCAGGAAAAGAGUUUGCAUUUGAAGCUGAUUGUUGGAAUAGAAGCUUUCAUGCACAAGUUGAAAUAACAAAGGUUUUUAGGCAAACAGAUCCUCAGCUUAUCAAUUUGCUUCAAGGUAUAAGGAAAGGAGUCAUUGAUACUGAGGACCUAAAGCUUUUAGAACAGUGUUGCUCCAACAAUGAGCCAGAUCCCUCAGCAGUGAGGCUCUAUCCAAGGAUUGAAGAUGUGAAUAAAGUGAAUGAGAAGAGGCUGAAAAGCUUGGGUGAGAAAAUAGUUGCUUAUAAAGCUGUUGAUGGUGGCACUAGGAAGGAGCUACUCAAACAAGGGAUGGCGCAGGACCAGCUUGAGAUUUGUAAAGGAGCAAGGGUGAUGCUGAUAAAGAAUUUGCAUGUCUGGAGCAAGCUUUGUAAUGGUGCCACAGGUAAGGUAACAGUAAUCAAGCCACAAAAAUGGGAAUGUUAUGAAGGGGAUGAUUUUGUUGCUUGGAGAUCUCAACUACCUCUUAGGUUAGCUUAUGCUCUGAGUAUACAUAAAUGCCAGGGCAUGACCAUUGACUGCCUUUACACAGAUCUCUCCAGAUCUUUUAUCUAUGGAAUGGUAUAUGCUGUACUUUCGCGUGGGAGGACCAUGAAAGGCAUUCAAUUAUCUGGCUUCGAGCCAUCAAUGAUUAAAGCAAACCCAAAGGUUUUACAUUUCUAUGACCAGUUAUCUAGUAAGCAGUGCACAGAGGCUGGAGAUGUGGAUGAUGUUACCUACAAAAAGAAAGUCAGCAACUCUAAGGUUCUUGGUCAUUCAGAUAAAACAAGCAUUGAAGUCAGGAAGUGCCAUUUCUCUCUUUCAAAAUUCUUGGAGAAAUUAUAUUCUAGUUAGACUAACAAACCAAAGAUAUAGAGACAUAUUGCCUAUUAACUGUUAAAUAAUUGUUAAGGAAAAUCACAAUCUACAUUCAUGUUAAUGUGUGAGAAGAGGGAAACUGUUUUUGAGCAACUUUUUAUGCAUCUAUAUUCUAUUGGAGUGCUAUUCAAUCAUUACAUAAUUUUUUGGAUUCUUUUUGGGUUGUGAUAUUGAUACUUAACCAACAGUUUUCUUUUUCCAGAUUCACCACCUUAGCAUAGCUUUCCAUGUGUGAGCCAUAAAUUUUAGAGACAAAUAAAUAUAUGUUGCAUUGUUCUUCAACUGUUAUCCAUGCAAUAAAUUGCUGCAGAGAGCUGCAAACAAAGUAGAAAAGCAUGGAUCUCCUCUUGCCCAAUAGAAUUUCCAAUGCAUGGACAUCCUAGCCAAAGAUAAAUGGUCUUCCUUCAUGUCCACUAUUAUGAUUCCCUAAAUUUUAUCUCGAUAUUGCAGUAUUUUAAAUAUGUUGGUAGAUGGAUAGAAAACAUGGAAUAUCUUCACAUGUUCUUGUUCAAAGUAGUGAAACUCAACUAAUAUAGUAACACUGCUCAUAAAUAUUUAAUGGAUGUUUGAUUCACUUGCUUCAUUUCAGUUGUUUAUGGUAUCUUUCAUUGACUGAUUUCCAUUGUUAAUGUGUCACCAUAGAAUGUUCCAGGAAUGACGUUAGUCUAUUAUAUGCAAGAUGUUUGAGAAGUUUUGAGGUAAAACUUAUAAUGUGGUUACUUUGUCUACUGUCAAAUACAUGAAUCACUAUUUGGAUGUGUGCUUUUGAAGUAUAUUUAGAUAUUAACAGAGAUUCACUUACUAAUUUGCAAUACUUGAUUUAAACCUUAAAUUUCUUGAAAUUGUGUUAGUUUGCUGCACUGACUUAUUUCCUUUUUAUCUUCCUUAUUAAACUGGGUCCUGUUUAUUAAGAAAAUCACUAGUUUUCAUUGUUCUCUAAGCAGCUUGCCAUCUAGACUUCUUUUCUCCUUUCCUGGACAAGGGUGUCAAUUUAUAAUCUCAACUCAUGAAGAUUUUUACCCCUUCAUGAUAAGUUUCAGUACUCGUUGCUGCUCUUGGUCAUUGACGUUGGAAUUUCAGAACUUUGCUUGGUGCUGCCAGUUCACUUAUCACAGAUGAUCAAUUAAUUUUUCGUGCAGCAAUUGAAGCUGGUCCUUGGGAUGCAAGCUCAAGCAUGAAGACUUGAAGUCAGAAGGAACAUUGUGAAGUUUAGGACUUGUAGCUUUUGAACCAUUCAUGUAUUGCAGCAACAGAAAGGUCAGGCUCUGAAGCCAACAUGCAUUUCACACAUUCAAGAGUAUUUUCUCCUUUAAAGCUGCUGUAACUGUAAAAGGUAAUCAUAUUGAUUGAGCUGUUUCUAACUAA